AUGAAUGAUCAAGAAAAAGUGGUUGUAGCAGAAUUCAAAAUUUCAUUGUAUUGCGACGGAUGUGAAAAGUUGGUAGCAGAUACAAUUUCAAAAAUCGAAGGGGUUGAGAAGUUUAUGACAGAUAUGACAAGACAUCAAGUUAUGGUGAUAGGCAAGAUUGAUCCGGACAAAGUGUUGAAGAAAUUGAAGAAGACAGGAAAGAGAGUGGAAAUGAUUUUGCCUUCUGAAGAUGACAUUCCACUAGAUCAAGGGAAUACAGAACAAGAAGAAUUCGGGCAACCAGCCCCAGAUCCCGUGAUGUAUGAAUAUUUGGAAGAGAGUUCAUUGUAUACGAUAUUUAGUGACGAGAAUCCUAAUGCUUGUUUGAUAAUGUAG